GCGCUCAACUCGUUCAAAGUAUCGGACUACUUAGUCCGCCCGACUUUUAUUCUUUUCAUUUAAAUUAUUUCGAUUCCGAAAUCCCGGACCGUUCCGGAGUGCCACACUUCCGACGAUGGCCAUCGAACAGCUUGGCUUCAGCGUGUUCUUCAUUGCGCUCACCUGCUUCCUGGCUUCGGCGGCACGUCGCCUUAACGACAAAUUGUCCAAAGAUGGUCUAGUGAAGGAGUUGAUCUUUGAGGCCAUUGCGGCCGCCGAACUGUGCGGCUGUUGCUUCGAGCUGAUCAUCGUGGCGGAUAACUUUGGCGUGGCCACGUACGCCGUGUUCCUUUUCACGCUGACCAUUUGGUGGGGUCGACAGUGGGGCAAUGCCACGGCCUGCCCUUACACCUAUAUGGAGCAGAUCGUGCAAGGUGAGGUCAACUUCCGCGAGGCUGCCCUCAAGAUCUGGGCCCAGCUGAUGGGCGGAUGCUGCGUCUAUCGUUACGUGCAGCUGUACUGGUGGUUCGAGUUUGCCGAAACGCACGAGGGCCGUGCGUUCGAGGAGUGCGCCGCCGAUCUUAAGGUAAACCUGUACCUGGGCGCGUUCAUCGAAGGAUUGGCCACCCUGUGCUGCCGGCUGGCGUCAAAGGUCAUCUCGGAAAAGGACGCCAAGUUUGGAGCGUUCAUCGAUUCGUUCAUCGGCACCAGCCUGGUCGUGUUGGCCUUCAACUACUCCGGAGGAUACUUCAACCCGGUGCUGGCCACUUCGCUGAAGUGGGGCUGCGCUGGAAACUCUGCCCUUGAGCACAUCAUCGUCUACUGGCUUGGAUCGUGUGCUGGUGCCGUGAUUUCGGUGCCCCUGUUCAAGAUGGACAAGUUCCGUAGCAUGUUCCUUGCGGAUAAGGUUAAAUCGGAGUAAGAGGUCCAGAUGCCGAGGAUGAACUGUCGAGUCAAAAUUCUAGUCAUCUCUGUCGAUAAUUAUGUUCGAAACAUUAUUUAUUUAUUUUAAUUAUCCUUCUGUAACAAUCCCUUCCCUUUACGAUGUGCAUUUCCGUCCCUAGGUGUUAAAUGUUGACGAUUUUAUCUUAAUAAAGAGAACGAUUCGAAAAUUCGAAGAAAAGACAA